GCCUAGGAGAGGUCCUAGCGGGGAGCGCCUGCGCGAUGCUUUGUUGCGCAGACGCGCUAGGCGGCUGGGCCGUCAGCGAUGGCAGGUGUUUGGGCCAGGCAAUUGCGGGUUGCGAUGUGGCACCGGGCGCUGCUGCUCUUGCUCUGCCUGGCCUUAUCUUCGGUGCAGGGACUUUACUUUCAUAUCGGAGAGACGGAAAAACGCUGCUUCAUCGAGGAAAUCCCGGACGAGACCAUGGUUAUCGGGAAUUACCGCACCCAGCUAUGGGAUAAGCAGACGGAGACCUUCCUGCCUUCCACCCCAGGACUGGGGAUGCAUGUGGAAGUGAAGGACCCAGAUGGAAAGGUGGUGUUAUCACGGCAGUAUGGUUCAGAAGGCAGAUUCACCUUCACCUCCCAUACCCCAGGUGACCACCAGAUCUGCCUGCACUCCAAUUCUACUCGAAUGACCAUCUUUGCAGGCGGCAAACUAAGGGUACAUCUGGAUAUACAGGUUGGCGAGCAUACCAACAACUACCCUGAAAUUGCUGCCAAGGAUAAAUUAACAGAAUUACAACUCCGUGCCCGCCAGUUGCUUGAUCAGGUGGAACAGAUCCAAAAAGAACAGAACUACCAGCGGUAUCGUGAGGAGCGAUUUCGUAUGACCAGUGAAAGCACCAACCAGAGAGUGCUGUGGUGGUCCAUUGCCCAGACUGUCAUCCUUAUCCUCACUGGCAUCUGGCAGAUGCGACACCUCAAGAGUUUCUUUGAGGCCAAAAAGCUGGUGUAAAGUUCUUUCCUGUACAACCCUUUUCCUUUCAUCCCAUUUACUUGGUACUUUCCCUCUAUCACACCCUGGCUACUUGGAUUUUGGAUGAAAAAAAAAUUGAGAUUAUAUGCUCCUUUAGUUCAGUGGCAGCCACACCAAGGUUUGUAGCCACUGGACUACAGAGAAACUAUCCCCAUCUUCCCCAACGAAGAUCACAGGAUACUGGUCAAAGCAUACACACAGCUCCUUUCAUAUUUUGUCAAAGAGCUUGAGCUAAUCAGGACAUAGCCUUGAUUUCAUGACCUACCUUUUUCCAUGUCCAGGCAUUUCUCCUAAGCCUUUGAUUAAGUAAAUAAGCAAAGGCCACUCACCUGCUCCCUUAAUUUCUGAUUUUCUUUUACUGUGCCUAUAUAAUGUGUUAUUGAAGUAGCACAAAUAGGACGCCCUAGCCUCACCACUAUCCAGUUAUUUCUGGCUUCACUGAGAUGAUCUCUGACUAUAAACAAGGGGGCAGGUCUUGGAUACCAAGGGAAUGAAAUUUUUUUACAUAACAUAUUUUUUGAUAUCUUUAUUUUAACCUUGAUAUCUGAAAUGUCACUGCCAAUAAGAGUGAUUGAAAAGGUCAAUGCAGAAUUGACAGUCUUCAGCAUUUUUUAAUUAACUACUGUGGCAACUCUCAGACUUUUCAAUGAAAGUUCAAAAAGGUAGGGACCCAAGCAGACAUUUCAGCUUAUUGUUACUAAAGCCUCAUCUGUUAAAUCAUGCACAGGCCCUUUGGAUACUUUUGAGUCCCCUAUGGAUAUUAAGGGGAUGUGAAGUUAAGAAGCUAUGGAGUGAUCAGUUGGAGGCAGUCAUUUUUUUCCCCUUCUCUCUCUCCCACAGAGCUGCUAACUGUUAAAUUUUAUUUAAGAUGCAGUAAAUAUUUUCUCAAUGGGUCCCAGGUUCAGUUCUUUGUAUGGAUUUUCCAGUGAAAUAAAACCUGUUCUGGUAACUUGUGCUGUA